UCCUAGUUGGAGGUGACACAUAGAUCUUGUUGCACCAAACAGGAAGCUGUCUGCUGAUCUAGCAGCAGAUAAGUCCACCAGCUCAGUGCAGUGCACAGCAAGCAUUGCUCCAUGAAGGAGAGGUUACUUUGACCUGAAGGAUGUCUUCUUUCUGAUGGGGGAGGAGGUUUUGGCUGAUAAAGAGGAGCAGGCCACCAAUAUUUUUUGCAGGUGAUAUUGUAGGUGACAUUCUGGCAGCUCCCUCAGUUUGGAGGGCAGCAUGUGCGGCUUUUCACAAGGACUCCCUUGGCAGCUGACUGAGUGCCUGUCAGGCUAUGCCACGUUUGCUUCAAUAUAGCUUUAUAAAGAGGAGGUGCACAAGCUUUCCCAGCCUUCUUGGCUGGUGAAAGCGGUCCACUCUCUCUUGUGCGGCCUUUGCUAUGGCAGGCUUGAAUGUUUCUAUUGCUUUUCUUUUCCUGACUGUAGGCAUCUGCGAGGUAGUCAGGCAGCUUUCCAAAAGACUUCUGUCUCUUGGAGCAUACUGUUGUCUUGCCAGAGAACUUGUUGGCUCAUUACAGUUGUGUGCAGGCUGCCUUGAACUGAGGAUGCUGAUGGAGAUUGGCCUGUGGGGUGGUGGCUUUGGCCCAGAUGUGGCCCUGACUCUGCUCUUCCUUCUCUUUGUGGCUCAUGGUGCCUCAUUUGAUGGAGCAUCUGCUAAUCCCACUGUCUCUCUCCAGGAAUUCCUGGUCCUGGAUUCCAGCUUAGCAGCAACUGCUGCCAAGCUUCUCGCCCAGUUUAUAGGUAUGGGCAUAGGCUGGGUUAUCACCAAGUACUACUGGUCCUGGGAGCUGUCGGAUUUCCACCUCAUCCAGAAUCUAAUGUCUCUGGAGUGCAGUUCCUCCCUCCAUACGUCAUUGUCUCAUGGUGUCUUUGUGGAAGGUGUCUGCUCUUUUCUUUUCCAUCUAGUAAUUCUCAAGUUCCACCACAGUUGCCCAAUGUACCGGGUCCCUGCCCUGGCAGCGACUGUUACCUUCCUGGCUUAUGUAGCUGGGCCAUUCACAGGGGCUUUUUUCAACCCUGUCCUUGCCAUGGCUGUUACCUUCCACUGCUCAGGGAGCAGCCUGCAGGAGUAUAUCCAAGUUUACUGGCUGGGGCCCCUUGCAGGGAUGCUUGCUGCCCUCUUGCUAUACCAAGGGAACAUCCCAAGACUCUUCCAGAAAAACCUGCUUUACAGUCAGAAGAGCAAAUAUAGGAUACCCAAGGCAAGGGUGGCGCGUGUGUCUGGAGAUAGCAGAGAACAGAGGCAGAAGAAAAAAGGGGAGAAGAGCAACUCAGAGGCAAGCGUCUGAGCUGCACGUAGCCUUCAGGGAGGCCUCUGCAGCCCCUGUGAUGGGAAGGGGUUUCCUGGCAUGGAGGAGAAAGCACAGGGGAUUUGGCAUGCUCAGGCCCUCAGCUCUGCCAUGGGAUGUGUGCCCCUUGCUGCAGCCCUUUGGACUAAGCUGGCCACAUUGCAGGCCCAAAGGCUGUGAUAUGGUGUGCAGGCACUGUGCAUCUUGCCCAGCACCAGUCCUAUCUAUGUGAUCACCACUACAAGUACAGCUGCAGGAUGAGCUUUUUAAAGCAUCUUGUGGGAUUUGGACAAGGUGACCUUGACAGGAUAUCUGAAUCCCUUAGGCUUCAUCAAAAAUGGCUUUUUUAAAGGCUGGUGAGCCUGGAAAGUUUCAAGUAUACAGUGUUGGCUCAAUAGGGAAAACAAAUAUAUUUGCAUAAAUUGCUCAUUGUCUCACGUAUUCCGGAAGAGUACAGGAACUGAGAGGCAUUACAUGGGUAUGCUUGAGCAACUUCCAGUUUAUUGCAUUGUUCAACACUUGAAAUAAUCUGAAUGUGUCUGUUGCAGUUAUAAAAAGAGAACAAAAACCAGUAACUGUACUGGAUGUAGUCAUAAUUUAGACACCCUCCUCCCCUAAGUAGAUGUUGUUCAGCCUGUGUUUCAUGUGCUGCUGGUGAGCUGCAAGGCAUCAAGAAACGGUGCAUUAAAUGUUCUGAUUUAUUAUUUCUUUUAACAACCCAUCAGAUAUGUGUGUGCGCUUGCAGAUUGUCAGGGGGAUCCAGCCAUGGGCUCCUCUCAGUAUCUAAAUGAAAUAUUUCUAAUGAUAAAAUUGUGGUU